UCAGCUGUGCAGUCAGUCAAUUUUUAACCUAGAAAUGUAAACGAAAAUUUAAUUUUGAUUUUUAUAUGACUUUUUACAUACUUGGGUUUCGAAAUUCAUCAAAUUUGAUGCUUUAAAUGUGGUAAACAUUUGUGUUCUAUUGAAUAAACCAAAGGAUUUUAAAUGGAGUUCAGCGAAUAUCCACGAGAUAGCGCUCAAAGCUACUAUUUUAACAUUUCAAGAUUAUGCGGCGAAGAAGGAUUUCAAGUAUGGAACAUCCAGAGGAGAGACAUCGGUAUUUGUUUUCAACAAAUUUUUAUAGAUAUUCCUGUUUUAGGUCUUUUAGCGAUGUUUUCUAGUUACUACAUAGGAAAAUCGGAUAGUUUUGUAGCUAGAGGAAGAGCCCAACUGAUAGCUAUCAAAUUAAGAUGUUUUUUGUGCGUUUUGCUUGCUUUUUUACCUUUGCUGCAGAUAUAUAUUUUUAGAUUUAGAACAUCUGAAAAUAUACCAAUAGUUGCCUAUUUUAUGAGUGCUGUACAGGGAAUAACCUGGUUUAUACAUUUUCUUUAUAACUUGGUAUUAAGAAAAAAGUUAGGAAUGAGUCCAAGAGGCCCUAUAAUUAUUUGUGUUUUAUGGUCGCUAAUUUUUGUUUUAACAGUUAUAUCUCUACGUAGUCAUUACCUUAUUCUUAAAUAUUCAGUAAUGCCCGAUAGACCCUUAUACAGUAACUAUUUGGCAUUCGGAAUGAGCAUCUGUUACCUAAUUGUCCAAGUAUUUUAUGCCUUGUCAAUGAUCCCCGGUGUAGGAGACACAACUUAUUUGAGCUUUGCAGAUUCCUAUACUGAGAUAGGAGAAAAUCAACCCCUUUUAAGCAGUGCAUAUUUGAGAUUUAGAGAGGAUGGAGAUCCGUCAUAUUUAGGAGUUGCAUUGGAAAAUACCACUUGUCUAUCAAAGCUAUUAUUUUCUUGGGUGGAACCAUUAAUGGAAAAGGGAGUUAAAGAUCAGUUAAAAAGUUCAGAGGAUCUUUACGAUUUGCCAUUGCCAUUAACGUGUUCUACCAUUAGUGGAAAGCUUGACAAAGCUCUUUGUGAACAGAAUGAACAAAAGAGACUUCGAGAGCAAUCAGAAAAUAAUCUACAAGAACUACCUCUAGUAGAGGAAACCUUAAUAGAAAAACCGAACUACACACUACUUAAAGGCCUUCACAAAGUGUUUUGGGUCGAAUUUUAUAGCGUUGGAAUUUUAAAGCUGAUUGCAGAUUUUGCUGGAUUUGGUGGUCCUAUGCUUUUAAAUAGAUUAAUUAGUUUUAUUGAAGACAAACAAGAAAAUAUAUCUUGGGGAUAUUUGUAUGCUUUUGGGCUCUUAAGUACAACAUUAAUAGGUGCUCUAUGCGACUGUCACUUUAACUUUCUCAUAGCAAAAGUAAGUUUUCGAAUGCGAUCAGCUAUUGUAACAAUGAUCUAUAAAAAGACAUUAAGUGUCAACACUUCCAAGUUACAUAGUCAAUUUUCUGUGGGAGAAAUUGUCAAUUUUAUGUCGACUGAUACAGAUAGAAUUGUGAAUUCGUGUCCUAGUUUUCAUGCUUUAUGGAGUAUACCUUUUCAGCUCGCCGUUACUUUGUACUUGCUUUAUAGCCAGGUGGGGAUCGCCUUUCUGGCUGGCGUAAUUUUCAGCGUAAUUUUAAUCCCUGUAAACAAAGUCAUUGCAAACAAAAUCGGAGAAUUAAGUACUAAAUUGAUGGAGAAAAAGGACAGCAGAGUAAAAGCUAUCACUGAGAUUUUACGAGGAAUUAAAGCCGUAAAACUUUAUGUUUGGGAAGAACAUUUUAUUAAACAAAUAUCACGAAUUAGAAACCAAGAAUUAAAAUACCUAAAGGGUAGAAAAUAUCUUGAUGCUCUUUGUGUGUAUUUUUGGGCAACUACUCCAGUCAUUAUUUGCAUUUUGACAUUUGUAACGUAUACUUUACUCGGCAAUAAACUUACAGCUGCCCGGGUGUUUACGGCAGUCGCCUUGCUUAAUAUGCUUAUUUCCCCAUUAAAUGCCUUUCCUUGGGUACUCAAUGGAAUGAUGGAGGCGUGGGUCAGUAUCAAGCGGAUUCAAAAACUUUUACAGCUUCCGGACAUGAACCUAGCAGCUUUUUACGAACCAUUACAGGAAGAUCUAUAUGAUAUAGUUCUUCAAAAUGCCGGCUUUAAUUAUGGCAAGGAGCUAACUGCUGAGGAAAAGAUUAAUUUGCACGGACACAAUCCUAAGAAAUCGUUAAAAGGAAAAGGCGUUGGGAAAAGUUCCAGAAAAGUUGCUUUUGAUGACGGUCAGAGUUCCAGUAACAUAAGCCCUGAAAAGUUCUAUUUGAGAGGUAUCAAUUUGAAAGUUAGAAAGGGAGAAUUUAUUGGUAUUAUGGGUCCAGUUGGAUGCGGAAAAUCGUCUAUUCUGUCGGCAAUAUUAGCAGAGCUGGCUGUGCACUCUGGUGAAAUUUCAAUCAGCCAAAUUGACUCAGGUUUUGGCUAUGUAGCCCAACAGCCCUGGCUGCAAAGAGGCACUUUAAAAGACAACAUUCUUUUUGGAAAACCUUAUGAAGAACAAAAGUAUCAAAAUGUGAUUUUUUCGUGUGGUCUUCUGGAUGAUAUUGAAAUGCUACCUAAUGGAGAUAUGACCGGUGUAGGAGAAGGAGGUAUGACUUUAUCUGGAGGCCAAAAGUCAAGGGUUGCAUUGGCAAGAGCAGUAUAUCAAGACAAAUCAAUCUACUUAUUGGAUGAUAUUCUAUCGGCUGUAGAUCGCCAAGUUGCAAAGCACAUAUUUCAACAUUGUCUUUUGGGGUUACUUAAAGAUAAAACCAGAAUUUUGUGUACUCAUCACAUUCACUUUUUAAUAUAUGCGGAUAGGAUUGCAACAUUGGAAAAUGGUGUUAUUAAAAAAAUAGGAAAACCUUCUGAAGUACUCCCAGAUAUCGAUGACUCCCUUACAAUAGAUUUAGAAUUAGGGGAGAGCAUUCGCUCUUCUCAUUCCAACUCUAUAUUAGAAAAGACUACAAUAACUGAUAAUAAUAAAGAAGAAAAAGACAACGAUAGUAUAUUAAAUGCUGAAAUUAGUGAAACAGGCAGUUUGAGUUUUAGUGUUUAUUCUUCUUACUGGAAAGCUGUGGGCCAUUUGUUAUGCAUAUCGAUAUUUUUAGCGAUUACAUUAAUGCAGAUUUCUAGAAAUUUAACGGAUUGGUGGCUAGCAGAGUGGGUUAGCAACUCUGAGACAACUAACCAUACUAACAAGACAUUACCGUUAUACCUAAAAGAUACUGAUGACAUAUUGUUACAAACUUUUGGUGCAGCUUCAGAUACCAGCUCUUUUUUAAAACUCUACAUAGAGUUAGCUGCAGCUAAUACUCUGUUUACAUUAAUAAGAGCAUUUUUAUUUGCCUAUGGAGGCAUUAUUGCAGCUACUAAGUUUCAUAAGUUGUUGCUAAAAUCUGUUGUAAGGGCUAAAACGACGUUUUUCGACAUCACGCCCCUAGGACGCAUUUUAAACAGAUUCUCGAGUGACAUGUACACCGUCGACGACUCCCUUCCAUUUAUCUUGAAUAUUUUAUUAGCUCAGUUUUUUGGUUUAUUAGGCUCAAUUGGUAUUACAGUCUACGGCCUUCCUUGGAUAUGUGUACUUUUAGUUCCUUUAAUUCCUAUCUACCACUGGCUUCAACAUUACUAUAGACUGACUUCUAGGGAGCUUAAAAGGAUCACGAGUGUUACCUUGUCGCCUAUAUAUAGCCAUUUUAAUGAAACAUUACAAGGCCUGACCACCAUAAAUGCAAUGCGUGCAAACCAAAGAUUUAAAAGAGAAAAUGAGCAUCACGUGGACGCAAACAUUAAAGCCCAGUUUGCUUCACAGGUUGCUAUCCGAUGGUUAGGCCUCCGUUUACAGUUUAUAGGCGUUACUAUCAUUGCCGGAGUCAGCUUUAUUGCUGUAAUACAGCAUCAGUAUGAUGUUGCUAAUCCUGGUUUUAUUGGCUUAGCGAUAUCUUAUGCCUUAACAGUAACAGGUUUAUUAAGCGGCGUGGUUAAUGCGUUUACUGAAACGGAAAGGGAAAUGAUUGCUGUUGAAAGAGUUAAUGGGUACAUCAAUGAAAUUCCUUUAGAAUCAGCUAAUUGUCUUAUUGAGCCACCUUUCGCGUGGCCCAGUCAGGGCGUGGUUAGUUUUAAUAACGUUUCUUUAAAAUACAGAGACCAUCUAAAGUUAUCCCUAAAACAUAUUACUUUUGAAACGAGACCAUCGGAAAAGAUUGGCAUAGUAGGACGCACAGGCUCAGGUAAGAGCUCUAUUAUCUCGGCUUUGUUCAGAAUGGUGGAAAUCUCUGAAGGUGAAAUAUGUAUUGAUACUGUAAACGUCGCAAGAAUAUCGAUACCAGCCUUAAGAUCAAAACUCUUUUGCAUUCCUCAAGAUCCUUUUCUCUUUAGCGGAACCAUUAAGGAAAACUUGGAUCCCCUGCGGACGUUUCGAGAACCAGAAAUUUGGAGCGCUUUAUCGAAAGUUAAUUUAGAAGCAACUAUAAAAAGUAUAGGGGGUUUAAACAGUGCAGUAGAGGGCGGAGGAGCUAACCUUUCGGUGGGGCAGAAACAAUUGAUCUGUUUAGCUAGGGCUGUACUGCAUAAUGCUAAGAUACUCUGUAUAGACGAAGCUACGGCAAACGUAGAUCAAGAAACCGAUCGUCAAGUACAACAAACCUUGCGGUCAGCAUUUAGAAAAAGUACUGUGAUAACCAUCGCUCAUAGAAUAGACAGCAUCUUAGACUCUGAUAGAAUUUUAGUAUUGAGUGAUGGCGCAAUAGUUCAAUUCGAUACGCCUGACAAUUUACUGAGUGAACCUUCUGGUUAUUUCUACCAAUUAGUUAAUAAUAGUGAUUCUUAGAUGAUUAAAUAAAAUAAUAUAUAUUAAUGAAAAUAUUGAUAAAUAUAGUUUGUAAAUGAAAUAAUAUAAUUUUACUUGUCAUUGUAUCAUAUCCGUGUGACACAGGAAAAUGGAAACACUAACUUAAUAACUGUUUUACUUUACAAGAUAAACAAAUAAUGAAAAUUGGUAUAUCGAUAGAAUAUUUAUAAGAGCAUCUUUUGACAUACUCUGUUAUUUUUCGCCACUUCCGGUUUAACAGGAAGGACUUUAACUUUUUAUUUUAAUUGGGACAUUUGGUAUAUUAUUACUUAUUUUGAUAGAAAAUAAUAUUCUGAGAACAAGGAUACAUUGCCACUUUUUGUUUUAUAGUCAUAAAAAAAUUAUUUUUUUUGAAUUUUGAAAUAGAGUUGAAAAUUUUAAUUUUUAAUCAAGUUAUCACAGAAAAAUAAUAUUCAUUGUGUUUCAUUACCUGAAUCUUUUACACGCCUAUUUAAAAUUUCCAAACCAGUGUUUUUGGCAUUUCCUUUAUUUUUUUUAAAUACCACAUUUUACACCACUUUUGAAAGGCAGUUUUUCAAAACUACAGUCAGUAAACAUUUCAAAUAUUAGUAAACACUAAAAUUCUUUAAAAAAACUGCGGCAAAUUUAUUUCAAUGACAAAUAAUAAUUGCACUUGACAAGACGUCAUGUAUGUAUUAUGUCAAUUAAAAAAUAAUUGAAGAACGCGUCAAAACAAGCGUUCUAUGCGACUUCUAUUAAUUAAAUGCGUUUAUUUAUAUGAUUCAAUUUUUUUCUUCUUAUGGGCUUAUAUGAACAAAAAAUUAUUUUAAAAUUGAUUGUUCCCAAUAAUGUGCUAUUAAAAAAAAUAAAGUAACUGCCAAAAUUACUGGUUUGGAUAUUUUAAAUAGGCAUGUGAAAGAUUUAAGCCAUAAAAUGCAAUGAAAGCUAUUUAUUCCGUGAUUACUUGAUCAAAAUUAAAAUUUAAUUUAUAUAAAAAAAAGGUUUUUUCUAUAAGUAUAAAACAAAAAGUAGCAAAUGUAGUAUCACUGUUCUCAGUAUAUUAUUUUCGAUCGAAAUACGUAAUAAUAUACCAGGUAACUCAUUUAAAAUAAAAAAGUUGCUCUUACUUCCGGUUAAAUAGGAAGUGACGGAAAACAAAUGAAUAUUUCAAAUGAUGCUCGUAUAACAAGUCCAUCAAUAUACCAAAUUUCAUUAGUUUAUCUUGAGAAGUAAAAAAGUUAUGUGUUCCCUUUUUUCUGUGUCACCCGGUAUAAUAUUCCAGUAUCAAGUCGCAUGUAUUUAAUUACUCAUAUAUACAUCCUUCCAAAAACUAUAAUGCAUAGAUUUAUUGUUAAAGUUUAAUUUCAGUAUUUAUAUCAUAUUAGAAUUGUAUUCAAUAAUUUUGUAGGUAAUUUUAUAAUAAACUAUUUUAGCUAAGAA